UCAUCUAACAAACUUGUGGCACCUAAGACAGAUAACAAUGAUAAUACUAUGAAUAUGAUGAAAAAAUGAAAAAAUAUAUGAAUAAAUAUUAAUACUGCAAUUAAAUGUAAAUUGAGUCAUGGAAAGAGUGAUGAAAGAGAUUUUCAAAAAAGAGAAAUGACACAGCAGUUGUUGUGGUUUCCUGAAAACCAGAGUAUAUAAAAGAUAGACACUCAGGUAGUGUGGCAGUGUGUUUGUGUAAGUGUGUGUGUGUGUGUUUUUUUCACUUUGAGGGACUGGUGUGUGUGCAGAAGAAUCAGUAAUGAUGAAGUGCUUGUAUCUUUUGUCUGUUGUGUUUCACGUCGCUGCAGGCUGUUCUCUCUCUGGUGAUAAUCUGAGACAAAUCACAGAAAUCUAUCGACACAAAGGUGGUUCAGUGCUGUUCCCCUGCUCCUGCUCUGACCUGAACACCAAACCUCAGAAAUUCACCUGGGAGAGCUUCAGAACAGGACGUCUGACAGAAGUGUUAAAUGAUGAACACUACCGUGACAGACUUCAGCUGUUUAAUUACAGUUCUCCUGCUAAUCUGUCUCUGCUCAUAUCUGACCUGAGAGAAGAGGAUCAUGGAGUCUACAGGUGCAGCACUGAGAAGGACCACAGAGACAUCAGGCUUAAUGUUAAAGGCUGUGAGCUGGUGAAGAAGACAGGGAUAGAGCAUAUGACUGUGUUCACAGGAGAGUCUGUAGUUCUGCCCUGUGUCUGCACUGACCUACAGGACAAACCAAUGUCUGUAAAAUGGGAGUUUUCAAUACCAGCAACUGGAAUCAGUCACUUUCAGGAAAUUUACCCUGAACAGACUGGACGUCACAGAAACAGAGUCAAACUGGUCAGUAACAACGCUCCAGGAAACCUCUCUCUACUCAUAUCAGACCUGACUGAAGAGGACCAGGGAGACUACAGAUGUUCUGUACAGGCUGAUAGCAGAGAUGUCAGAUUAUCUGUUAAAGUAGGAAAAAGAGAAACUUCAUCAGAACCGUCGCAGAGUAAAACAACAAACUCUCCACCUGCAUCAUCCUCAACAGCACUGGAACAAGAUAAACAGCAAACACACAGCAGCCUCCCUCUAGUUUUCGGUAUUCUGGCGGUUUUAUUGUUGGUGAUACCCGGUGUAGUGGCAUUUAUUUGUUGGAGACGUAAAGGGGGAAGAUGUGGAGAGAACGUGAUUACUGAAGGACGUCCGGACUGUGAAGUAAAGCAGAAGGAUCAGACUGAACCUGAUGUUACUUACUCUACUGUAACCCACGUGAACACAGCCGGAGCAGCACGGGUCCAGAUCAACGCUGCAGACAACACUGAAUAUGCCAGCGUUAUAACAAACUAAUCCACACAAUAUAUACAUAGAUACACGCUCAGAUAUUAUAUAAUAAUAAUAAUAAUGAAAACAUUUAUUAAAUACACACCAUGGUAAGCACGUUUUUCCCCAAAUUGUUGUUUUUCAUGUUUUUCUUUGUUUUUUUCAAGUAAAUAGCAGAUUCAGAUAUAUGCAUGUAUGGGGGAAAGGGGGCGGGGUUUCCAGAGUAUUGCAUUACAUUUAUUUAUGUUAGCUAAGGGUAUUGUUCCUCAUUUACUUUGUGUGUUAAUCAUUAACAAUUGCCGAUGGAUAAUCUUGCAGAAGUAUUUAGAGUGUACGCAUCAUUUUAUAUCUUAUGUGUAUCAUUCUUAUAUCAGAAUAAGAAAUGAAUGUAGAAGGCUUUUAUCAUCAUCCUGUUUCGUGUAAGAAGACUCCUAUAUCUGUUCUUGUUUGUGACUUUUAAAGUCUGCUGAGUUCGGGUAAAAAUAAAAGAAUGAGAAUCGAUGCAUCCGACUGGAAUGAAUGUGUAUUUCUAACCUAGCUUUUGUGAAUGUUUCCUAACACUCCUUGCAAUUAUCAUUACUGAAUUCACUUUUUCAGGACUCACACAGUU